CUCCUGUGUCGCCACCUUCUUUGUCUACGGCCCAACAUUUCGACACCGGGGAGGUUGUCUGUCUUUUUUUUUCAUUUUUUGUAAUUUUGAGGAUAUAUUUACCGAUAUAUCCCAAAUAUUCUAACAUUUAAUGACAGUCGACUCUGAGCUAUUUAUGCCUAAAAGUAAAGCACCAAAAAUGGAUGACCUGGACUACAUUCCUGUAGACCUGAGCCCAGAGGAGCGCUCUGAGCUGGAGGAUAUUCGCAGGAGGAAAGGUGUCCUAUUGCAGGAGAUCCAGAGGCUCAGAGAGGAGCUACGAGAGGCUAUCUUAGAGGUAGAGGGACUGGAGACCAGUACAGAGGGCAGUAAAACUCUACAGAAAAGUAGACAUGUGGCUAUGGGACGGAAGAAGUUCAACAUGGACCCAAAAAAGGGGAUUUUGUUCCUGGUGGAGAACGAGCUGCUUAGACACACACCAGAGGACAUCGCACAGUUCUUAUACAAGGGAGAAGGCCUAAAUAAGACAGCUAUAGGAGAUUACCUGGGAGAAAGAGACGACUUUAACAUCAAGGUGCUUCAAGCUUUUGUUGACCUCCAUGAGUUUACAGACCUUAACCUUGUGCAGGCCCUCAGACAGUUCCUGUGGAGUUUCCGUUUGCCAGGCGAAGCCCAGAAGAUUGACAGAAUGAUGGAAGCUUUUGCUCAGAGAUAUUGCCACUGUAACCCUGGUGUCUUCCAGAGCACAGACACAUGUUAUGUGCUUUCAUUUGCCAUAAUUAUGCUGAACACAAGCCUGCAUAACCCCAAUGUGAGGGACAAACCUGGCUUGGACCGUUUCAUCUCAAUGAACCGCGGCAUCAACGAUGGAGGAGACCUACCAGAGGAGCUGCUCAGAAAUCUUUAUGAUAGCAUUAAGAAUGAACCAUUUAAGAUCCCGGAGGAUGAUGGCAAUGACCUCACACACACAUUCUUCAACCCAGACAGAGAGGGCUGGCUUCUUAAACUUGGGGGAAGAGUGAAAACUUGGAAGCGUCGAUGGUUCAUCCUAACAGACAACUGUCUUUAUUACUUUGAAUAUACCACAGAUAAGGAGCCACGAGGUAUCAUUCCUUUGGAAAACCUUAGCAUCCGUGAAGUAGAGGAUCCAAGGAAGCCUAACUGCUUUGAACUGUACAUCCCAAACAACCGUGGGCAGCUCAUUAAGGCAUGCAAGACAGAGGCUGAUGGGAGGGUGGUGGAGGGGAACCACAUGGUGUACCGCAUCUCUGCACCCACACCGGAGGAGAAGGACGAGUGGAUCCACAGCAUCAAAUCUGCAGUUAGUGUGGAUCCCUUCUACGAAAUGCUUGCUGCCAGGAAGAAGCGUAUAUCACUGAAGAAGAAAGAGGAGCAGCCUUAGGUUACUUCUGUAUUCCUCUCCUCCUCCUUUCAUCAUCCCUGCUGCUCGCACCUCUCUUUAAGCUUCAUUAACCUUCUUCCUGAAAAAUGUGUCCUCUUCCACUUUUGAGGACUUCUUCCUGUCUUGUCAACCAGACUCUGAAAAAGCUGCAACCAGAGUGAAAAGUUUGGCUGCUGAGGCUGCCGUUCACACUACUGCUGUCACACUCAACCCGGAGCACAAUAACACUACUUUUUGUCUUCACUCUUAGUAAAACGGGCUAAAAAGCAUCUUGAAGACUUUAUCCACACUACAAAUUAUAUAUAUUUUUUUCUUUUUGUUUUUUUUUCUUCCACACUGGCUGGCCUCUUUUGGGGAUUUAUACACUUUAAGUUACUUGAAUGGUUUGGCAUUGACUUUUUAUAUUUUAGUUGUUCAGAUUAUAGAGAACAAAGUUUUGCAGGCACCGGGUCUUUUGAAGGUAUGUUGCAAAGAUGGACUGUUUGGAUUGUUUACUUUCCAAAUACUUCCUGAAAGGGUUAGUGUGGAUCACAAAGUCCCAUUACAAGAGGUUUCUUAGAUUUUUCCAAAAUGCUGUGAAUACAGUUUUAUUCAAGCAGCUGCAGCUUCAUGAAAUUCUCCUUAACCAUCAUCGAUGUCGCCUUAAUGAGAUAUUCCCUUUCUUGAUUGUGUG